GUCCAGUUGUGGGGUGGUGCAUUAGUUUACUACCACAAAAGAGCCUCACUUCCCGAGGUCAGGAACGUGCGGACUUCAAAACUUCACCUUGUAAAUUGCAGCCUCUUGUUGGGCCGGGGGGGAAGCUAGUUCUUGUUGGCCCACCGUGCACAGUCCCAGCCUGAUGUGUUCCAGCUCUCGGACCCGGCAAAGGCAACAAUAUACAAGUUUCGGGCCCCAUCUGUGUCUGCUGCAAAGUCCUGGAUAUCUAACCUACAGCAAGCUCUCUCAGAAAAUAUACAGAGACCACCUGAGACUCUUGAAAAUCUUAUGACAUUUGAGUAAUCAAAGAAAUAAUCUGUUCUAACUCAAGAUUUUUAUUUUUAUUUGGGUCCAUAAAAGCAUCUUUCCCUUGAUUUAAAAAAAAAAAAAGAAUAACCUCAUUGAUAAGAUAAUUAGCUCGAUGUAAUUUAAUUAAUCGUGGGAGGAUAUACAAUAUGUUUAGUAAGGUGAUGUACUGGAGUGAAAAGUAGUGCAUAAGUAAAAGAUGAUACAGAACACAUGUGAAGGAUAAUUAAUUCUAUUGUGCGAGAAAAGAAAAACAAAGAAAUUGGUAAUUGAAUGAGGCUACUUCUAUUAUAGGAAAAAGAUGAUAAACACCACUCAAACACUUUUGUUCCCUGCACUAAACACUGUAGUGAGGAACUUGUGCUGUGUUAUGCUGAUGUUACCAUGAUCCAAUCCAUUCAUUUAAGAGUGUGAUAAAAAUGUCUUGUGUUUUUAAGUGAGGAGCAUGGAAGGAAUAAUUUUAUUACGCCAGUAUGUCUGCCACAGUUCUUGCCUUUCUCAGUGAUCCAGAAAUUGCGAUUUUUAAGUCUCUGAGGAUUAUUCUUGAAGGUCAUUCUACCCCAGCUAGCGUGACUCUUUGUGACUCAUUCCAGUCUGUAUAGCAGCUUUUAUUUCCUGAAUUUCUGAGCUUCGCUGUGAUUAUCUAGGUACCAUGAGCUCCUAGUCAAAAUAAGUCGACAAUGGUAAUGUAUGUACACGAGUGGCCUGUCGUCAUGUCCCCAUUAGCCACAAAUCGAGUACUUCCCGUACUGAUAUUAAUAUUUACCGAGUCAAGUGGUGUUUCAGAAGGUGGCCUCUUGUCCAUGCUGUGAAGGGUGCUUAGUCAAUACUAAUAUUAUCAGAUGAACAUAAAUCUAGUCUUUAAUACAGUCUGUACUGCCAAAGGAAAUGGGGUGAUUUAGUUUCUUUUACUUUAGAUAAAAAUAAAUGGGAUUGAGUGAUAUAUUUUAACAUGAAACUUGAGAAAUGCUUGGUUUGGAGAGUGUUUGGUUUGUCAUUGUUUCACAUUGGUAGAUAAUCCAUUGGUAAUUUCUUCCUUUGGAAUUCAUGCAAAAUUGUAUCUAAUUCUUGGUUAUCAGUGAGAAUUUAUUAUUUUAAAUUCCAUAUGUGGUAUUUGUAAGUUUGCUGGGGACAUCUCCCUCAGGAAUUAUCAUAAUCUUUAAACAGACAAUAAUUAUGAAUAACUGGUAAAGUAUCUUUCAUAUAAAAAAGUGGUUGGUGAUAUUUUAUUUUAUUUUAUAUAUUUAUAUAUAUAUAUAUAUAUAUAUUUUUUUUUUAUGGAUAGUACCACUUAAAGCAUGGGCUUACCCAAAGUGUGUGUUGCUAUUUUUCCCCCCAAAGCCAGGUUUAUUUGACACAAGGUGUGACGAUAUCAUCAAAGUCCCUCCCCUUCCUAGUUUUCUGAACACAGUAGUGAGAGGGGAUUAUAGCCUAGAUAUUUGGAAAUAGAUCAGCAUGUAGGAGUUUCAGUACAUUCUGUUUACUCUCACUAAAAUCCAAGCUUUUUAAAAUAGAAAAUAUUGAAGGUAAGUAAAAUAAUUUUAAAUUGUAUUUAAAUUCUCAUGUAAGUUGGAUACUGGUGCGAGUACAUGUAACUUUGUAGGUAUUGUGAAUGAAUGUAAUGUUAGGUGGUUCGUUGCUGCCUCUGCUCACGUUUAUAUGGUCGUGUGAUUGUGUCUGUCCUACACUGCAUCUGCACACCAAUACCAAAAUUUUAAAUCAUUACAGUGGCUUUUAUGUAAAUAGGUACAGGUUGCUUCCAGGUUUUUAUGUCCUUACUGGCAUUGGGAGAAGCUAAAACAAUACUGUAAAUUCAAAUUUACACCCAGUGAAGCAUUCCUUAUUCAUUUCACAUGAGCACACUAUAGACUUGCAACUUCCAAAUGUAAAAUAUAUUUGCUUCAAAAUAUUUUCAAUUAAAAAAAGUGCUGCAUUUAAUUUUCUAUAUAAUGUGGGACAUAGAAUACAUGACAGCAGUGUUCUUAUGUGAAUGGAUCCUGUAAGGAAUCUUUUACACUAUUAUGAACACUAUAGAUGUCUUUGUGGAAUAUUGAAAAAUUUUCUGGAUUUCAUAUUUAGACAACCAAAGCAUUAAUCUGAUUAGCAUUUUUUUUAGUUGCAUGACAUUAAAAAAUUUAAAUUGAUUACUUUUCAAUAAGUGAAGAAAUGUACAAUCCCUCCCCAAAAAUAUCAUUAGAUUUUCUGUUGCUGCAAUUUGAAACGCAAGAUGAAAUGCUUUGAUAUGAUCAUAAGUUGUUAUGCCUGCUCACCAUAUCAGCAACAGUUAGAGAUGGGGUAAGGAUUGUGGGGAGGGAAUCGUCCUUGUAUGGCACACUAGAUGCUUCAAUGUAACAAGAAAUCCAUUCAGCCAUAUUAAUACAAGUAUAUGUAUCGUUCGAAAACAUUUAUACUCACGCUCGGAGGUAGUGGAUGUAGAAUUACCAACAGUUCAGAAACAAGUCGAGUAACAUUACUCGUAAAGCCUCAGAUCACAUCAAUCACAUGACUAACAAUACUUUUUGGUGGGGACUGUACAUAAUGUUCUAAUCUAUUGAAGUGAUUUGUCAUUGAUUUUUUUUUUCUAAAAAAAUAACUUAUUUCUGUUGUCACUAACCUAGAUUAAGCCUUUCAAAAAAAACACUUUGAAUGUAUCAUUAAUGGCACAUCCAUCUACACAUGCAUACCUUAUGUUUACAAACUCCAUUACUACUUUUGAUGUCAUUUCCCUUGUUUUUUAUUGUCAUUAACUCAGUUUUAUUUUGAUUCAUCUGAUAACUUACAUUUUUUUUACUACACUGGCACAAAUCAGUUCUUAACAAAAAUUCAUCCCAGCUGCAUCCACUUUCUUGACUAACAUCUCCACACACAUUGAUGGAUGUCCUUGGUGAUGUCAGUAUUUUUUAUUAGUUUAAUGCAUAAAAGAAAUGUUUUCCAAUGUUAUAGAAAAGAUAUCUCUCAUAAGAAUUGUGUAUAAGUUGAAGAUGAUUAUAAUGUGUUCAAGAGUUUGACAAAGUAAAUAGUUUGCCAGUUAUAAAUUACAUUCAAGUUAUUUACCACACAUAUCUUGCUAAAGUUGGAAUGUGAUAUAAGCACAUAUGACCAUUUGACUUUUGGUGGAGUGUCAGCCAAGUAUUAAGCUGUAUCCUGCAGUGGAUUGUAAUACUGUAUUGUUCACAGUUCAUUUCUUGAGUACCUUGUCUAUCAAUCCCAAAGCACAUGUUCUUAAAACCAAAGAUUAGGGUCAAAAAGUAAUUUAUUGAAACAGAAGUACACAUGGUCGCAUUGUUCUUGUAUGUUUACACACUGUAAUUGAUUUUAGGCUGUGAAAUAUAUGAUGUAUAAGUUUUGAUGUGCAUCCAUCACUUGUACUUGUGCAUGGCAGUCAUGGAGGAACUGCAUGCAUUAGAUAUUCCUAAAUAGUGUUUAAGCUGAUUUCCCAGAAACCUCUGAAUUUUAGAGGUCUGAAAUUAUCAGCAGUUAUCAGAUUCUUUUUAGCAUUUUAAAGAAAAGUUCUUCAUAUAUAUAUAUAUAUGUUGUAAAUAAAGCUUAAGAUGCAAAGAAAAUGCUAAAAAAAUCUGAAGAUUCCUGAUAAGUCUCAAAUACUCAUUCCAAACUGUAAUGGAAGCCUCUAUUAUAGAGGUACCAGAAUUCAGUAUUAUUCAAGCUUAUAAUUAACACACACCUUUUGUAUAUACAGUAUUUGCCUCGAUUGUUUUCACAAGACAAGUGUCAAUGUUUAUAUUGUAGUAAAUGAAACACAAGCUCGGAGAGAGAACUUUAUUUCUAAUUUUUCAUCACAGACUUUAUCAAAGGAAUGAACACUGUACACCUAACAAUUGUAAAGAAGAUUCAUGCCCAAACUCAUCCUCUCGUUGGUCUGUUUUCACUCGCCUAUUUAACCAAUUAUGUGUUGCCACUGCAGUGUAGGAAGCAUCUCCAGGUUUUUGAAAGAAUCUACCAUGAAGUUAGUCGUGACACCAGGGAUGAAGACAUGGUUAAGAAGAAAGAAAACCAAAGGAAGACAAAAUGCUUUGCAGGAUACCACGGUUAGCACGUGACUUGUAUGAAGUCUUAUAACAGUGAGAUGAGCAGAGGGACUGGCUGCUGUGAGCACAUCACUGACAUCAGAUGACAUCUAAUGGAUUUUGUUAGCUGCUUGAUGAAGUAUGACAUCUGCUAAGGUAGGAGGAGGCCAGCAUACUUCAUAAAGACAUGAACAGGAAGAAAAUAGAAACGGCAUACAUCACACUAAAACUAAAUAUUAAAAAAAACAAGAAGUAUGGCCUGAGUCCUGAACUUUGGCAAUAAGUACAUAGUCAAAUAGGUGAGAGAAAACAGACUAAUGGCAGGAUGAGCUUGAGUGCAGGAUCUUCUUUAUAAGCACAUUGUGUACUCCUGUAUUCAUUCCUUUGAUAAAGUCCUUCAUGACAAAACAUGAGGAAUAAAGAUGUUGAAGUCUGUACUUCCUUUGCUACCAUAUAAUCAUCUGUUCAAAUGAAUCAUAUUCAAGUGUCAAUGUAUAGAAAUUGUCCAAGCUCAGAACACAACAAUAAAUGUGUUGGUAUGGUAUUGCUUCCAGUAAGUUGCUAUACAAAAAAUUUUAGCUUUAGCAAUUCAGAGGAAAUACUGUGGAAGAAGGUUACACGAGAUUUGUCCCUUGUAUUAUAUGCUGUGUGAUUCUAUGAGCAAAUGUAAAAAUCUUAAAUCUUGGUUUCCAGAUAACAGUCCAAGCUGAGAUGUUAGUGAACUGUCAACACUUUCAUAAAUGAGUGCUCUUAUGUUUGUAGCAAUAAAACAUUAAUCUUUGUGCAUAUUAAAAAUGUUAUUUUCAUGA